UUUCGGCCUUUUCAAGUGUCAGUGAAAAGGCAAAAACUCAAAAGACGCCGAGUUUGCCAGAUUUUCGGCUUUCCUACAUUUUGAAUUAAAUAAUAAUUAUUGUUCCGGAACGUAACAAUCGCGAUCGCAAUGAGUGCCGGGGGAAUGUUGUAUGGUGGUGAUGAAAUCGGUGCUCUGGUUUUCGAUCCCGGCCACCAUUCGCUGCGUGUAGGAUACGCACAGGAAGACACGCCAAAAGCAGAGAUUCCGGCCGUGGUUGGUGUCGGACCAGGGGAUGCAGCACUUAAUACUGAUCUGGAGACCAAGGCGGACAACAAUAUUGGCAGUGCGAACAAAUACUUUGUUGAUACAACUUUUGUCAGCGUACCGAGAUCUAAUACGGAAAUUCAAACCUACAUGAAGGAUGGCAUGGUUGACAAUUGGGACUUGUUUGAGAAAGUGUUGGAUUAUAUAUACGCAAAAGUGGUGCAAUCCGAAUCGAUGUACCAUCCGGUUCUGUUUUCGGAAGCAGCUUGGAAUGUGCGUAACAAUAGAGAACGUUUAACUGAACUAAUGUUCGAGAAAUACAGCGUCCCAGCUUUUUUCUUAGUAAAAAACGCAGUUCUUGCUGCGUUUGCCAACGGACGUGCAACGGCUCUAGUUGUGGACAGCGGAGCUACACAUACAUCAGCCGUUCCCGUUCAUGAAGGAUACGUCCUUAGUCAAGCGGUGGUCAAGUCGCCCUUGGGAGGUGAUUAUUUAUCUCUCCAGUGUCGUCAAUACUUAGAAAGCCAGAAUAUUGAUCUAACACCGGUUUACGGUAUCGCUGCCAAGGAUGUCAUUAAGGAGCGGGAUAAUGCACGAUUCACUCCACGCCAACUUCCGGACAAACUAACAACCUCUUGGCAGCAGUAUAUGCUCAAAGGUCUGCUGCAGGACUUCCAAAUGUCGGUAGUUCAAGUCCUAGAAACGCCAUUCGACGAAAGAACAGCCGCUCAGAUUCCUGCCGUUCACUACGAGUUCCCCAAUGGAUACCAUCAGGAUUUCGGUCCAGAGCGUUUCAAACUGGCAGAAAGUCUAUUUGAUCAUACGAUGCUGGGCGCUGGUCAGUUGGCUUCAACAAGCGUCGGGAUGUGUGAUGCUGAUGUACGUUUGUCUCUGUAUGGCUCAGUUGUGGUCACUGGCGGGAAUACCUUGCUACCGGGAUUCCCUGAACGACUCAAUCGGGAUUUACAGCAUCGGGCUCCUUCCAACACACGGUUGAAGAUGAUUUCCGCCAACGGAUCGGUUGAGCGUCGGUUUGGAGCAUGGAUCGGCGGAUCUAUUCUGGCCAGCAUUGGAACGUUCCAGCAAAUGUGGAUUUCGUCUCAGGAGUAUGAGGAGUCAGGUAAAAGUCAGGUGGAAAGGAAAUGCCCUUGAAGACAGCUUCACAGGUUUAACAGCCCUAGUUGAAUAAGAUUUUACAAAUUUGGAAAUAAUUAUUAAGAGACUUGGAUGGAAUCAAGAUUCAACUAAAUUGAA